AUGGAGGAAAUAUCAACAGUUUUGGCCAAACAAUUACCACAAGAAAUCAUCUUUGAAAUUCUCUUGAGGUUACCUAUCAAAUCUUUCUUGAAAUUCAGGUCUGUUUCAAAAUCAUGGCUUUCUUUAAUCUCAUCUCCUUUAUUCAACAAAACCCAUGUCAGUUUUACCUUAAACAACCCCAAAAUGACUGAUUUUAGACUUGCUGUAAUAGCCUCAGUUUCUAAAUUGGGCAGAAUCUGCAAUAUUUACAACAUGGGGUUUGAAAAAGAUUCAUUUUUUACUGUGGUUAAACAUAGUAAUCCUGCUAAAUCUUUAUCUCUCUCUGCUAAGAUUUUGGGUUCUUGCAAUGGGUUAAUUUGUUUAACUAGUGAUAGAUUUACACUAAUGUUAUUCAACCCAUGUACUGGAAAUUUUAAUGUAUUUCCUGAUUCAAUGCUGAAAGAUAAUAGUGGUGGUUGUUAUGUUAGAUAUGGAUUUGGUUAUGAUUCAUGUAAUGAAGAUUAUAAGGUUGUGAAAAUCUUUAGUUUUCCUCGGGCUGAGGGUAGAUAUGAGAACAUGGUUAAGGUUUAUAGCUUAAAGGCUAAAUCUUGGUCAACUGUUGAGGGUUUUAAUAGUGGUAAUAUUAAUGGAAAGUUGGGUGUGUUUGUAAAUGGGGCUCUUCAUUGGGAAGCAUGUUAUAAUUAUUGUUCGAGUGAUUCUUGGGAGAUUGUUACUUUGGAUUUGGCUGCAGGGCAAUAUGGUAAAAUAGCUCUGCCGAGAUACGAAGAUGAAGGUAUUUAUUGGACAUUAGGUGUUUCAAGAGGGUAUUUAGUUGCUUGUUGCAACUAUGAACCAAAAAAGGCAGAUAUGUGGGUAAUGAAGGAGUAUGGUGUCGAGAAAUCUUGGACUAAAUUGGUUACCAUGUCAUUGCCGGUUGAUCGUAGGGAUUAUAUCUCACUAUUGUUUGUGACAGAGAAUUGCAGCUUGGCGCAGAGCUAA